AUGCAGGCCACCUCCGCUUCCAGCCUGUUCCAGUCCACCGCAUCGCUAGAGAUUGGUCUUUCCCGCGCUUCCAAAGCAGCGCGCACAUCUGCAGGAUCGCAGUACGGCAGUCCGAUUUGGCUUGGUCGCAAGCAAGAGGAUUUGAACGCUCUGGCCGAAGGAGCCGCCGGAGCUGAUGGUGGAGCCGACAAGGUGCUUGCCUUGGAGGUCGAACGGGAUGAAGGCGGCGGCGAAGUGGCUGCAUGGGUAGCUAGUAGCGGUGGCUUGGUGAGGAGGAUCGACUUGGAGGUGAGUAGAGCGUGCAAGAUGCGGAAUCAUGGAUGUCGAUGUAAGCUCAAUGAAUCUCCCGAUAGACUGGAACGAUCACUCAUUCACUUCGAGCACACAAUGCACCCGUCUCUGGUCUGUGCUUGUACCCCGUUGCGGCUGGCAGACUGCUAUUGGUCACGAGCUCUUGGGACAAGUCAAUCCGAUUCUGGACUGCACCUUCUCGCUUGCGCUCGGCGGCGUCCGCCAGCAAACAUGUCAAGGCAUCCCUGCAGCAAGUCUUGACGAUCAAAGACGCAGGAAGCGACUUCAUCAAGGCGCUUCACGUGCUGUCUGCUCGGAACCAGGAGGUACUGCUGAGUGGAGGGAGUGACAAGAUCGUCCGAGUCUGGGACCUAGCUCCUCUCAAGGCGUGGGCAGCUUCGUUGCAAGAUUCGCAGUGGCUGUCCAUUUCUUCGACAGAAACUAGUCACGCACCCCAGCCCGCCAUGCUGCACGCCUUUCGGGAACACACCAGGCCGAUUACGUGCUUUGCUUCUUUCGCACCCCGGCCGGGACAUCAUGGUCCAUCAAGCGAAGGCAAUGCGGCAACAUCGCAGCCAAUACACCUCGUAUAUAGCGCCGACAGUAUGGGCAAAGUGCUCGAGCUCGAGUUAAGCCUGCAGCGCGAAGGCGCAACUAGCGCCAGACUGGAAGUGAAGAGGGAGCUGGUAGGGAACGAGACUGGCGUGGUAGAUUUGAGCGCAGGGUGGGGAGCGGAAGAGGAUGAAGAUGAAAAUGGAGAGGUCAGAUGGACGGCUGAGCUUUGGACCGGUGCGUGGCUGAUCCUUCGUGCAAGUCUAGUCUGCGAGAGAACAUCCACUGAUCCGCAAUAGUUCUCGCUCUUUCUCGCAGCAUCCCACGAUAAGAUGGCCAGGCUGUGGUUGCCGGACAGCGAGACUGCGGCUUCUGGCUCUGGAGGGCUCAGAGCUGCCGGCAGUAGUAGUCAAAGUGGUCAGGUGCUAGGGCGUCUUGCGCCCCUCAAUCCAUCCAGAAGGAUCGAGCAUUCCAGCUAUGUCAAGGUGGUCUUACCUUUGGCUCACCUUGCUUCGCAUCGCCCCGACCCUUCAUCGGAAGCGCUGCGAGAUAUGCUAGUGACAGGCGAGACAGACGGAGAUCUGCGUGUCUGGCACCUCACCUCGCAAGGGUGGGAUCAAGCUGAUGAGUCAACGGAAGACACUUUGGCUGGGCAGCCCACAACGAGAAGAACGAUUCAGGGUGAAGCAGUCCAAGCGGGUCCUGGAGCUAGACUAAUACGGACAUUGGAAGCGCAUUGGCACGAAGUCAUCGUCAUCCGACCCUGGUGGCGGAAUCGCAGGGGACCAUUGCCCGAUCCAAAUCAGGAAGCGACGGAAACGCAAGAGAUCAAGGUUGAACCUGCAAAAGCAAAUCAAGGCGAAUGGUGGCUCAUUACAGCUGGGUUAGAUGGGAGUGUCAGGAGAUGGAGAGUUGCUGGUGAGCUGUAAAGGGCUGUUCGAAACAAGGCACAAGUCUCACUCUGCCCUCUUCGCGCCCGCAAACGCAGACAUUGUCACGCCAGCUUCGCCUUUGGAGAAAGCCUCGGACGUGGCCUCGGCGUCUCAGAACCCUUCUUCGAUUGAAAAAGGAGCGGCCAAAAAGGCGGACCCCGAAAUGACGGAAGAAGAAGAGAGAGAGCUACAAGAAUUGAUGGACGAGGACUAG